ACCCAAAACAUCAUCUAUUCCUUUUCUUCAGAGAUGUUUCCUGACCCGUUGUGUUACUCCAGCAUUUUGUGUCUAUCUUCAACCUGAAAUAUUAGCUCUGUUUCUCUGUCCACUGUGCGCCAAGCUCUGUUAGUUAUUUCAGCAUUCUCUGCUAUUCCAGAGGUCUGAUUCUAAACAGAUCUUUAUUCAGGUAUUUGUGCAUUGGACCUAUGAUGCACCAAUAACAUUCUUUAAAAUAACACACAUUUUCGUCUCCACAUUGCGACUCACUUCCAGCGCAGCUCUCUUGGAUUUGGUGAAGGGGGAGGGAGGCGGUGAUUAAAAAGAUCCUCCAGAAACCUUGCCAUAAAUUACUUCAAAAGUUCGUGCAAAUCAGUAGCAUGAAGCCUGACUGACUUUUCAUCGAAGGUAGACACAAAAUGCAGGAGUAACUCAGCGGGACAGGCAGCAUCCCUGGAGAGAAGGAAUAGAUGACGUUUCGGGUUGAACCUCUUUUUUAGACUUUUCAUCCUUUAAAUGAAAAAACCAACCCCUAUGUGGAACUAAAUUAUUUUUAUUGUUUGUAUCUUUGAAUAAAUUAGCAGAUUUAAAUUGUUUUACAUGCUAUUCCACAGCAGGUAACCACUUGCACCACUGCAGAUCUAUCUGCAAUUUCUUUUAAAUAGAUGAGAAAAUACUGCUUUUAGUGCCCUUCUUAUUUCUAGAUAAGACAUACACAAAGGUUUGGCUUUACAUUCAAUAACUCUUGUUUUCCAGCAGCCACAAAGGUGCCUCUGAGCAAGGUCAAUAUGAUGGAUUUCGAUAUUUAUUGCAGGUUGCAACUACAACAAGUUUUAACAUCGGAUAAUAGUAUGGAUCUCAGUGGACUUGGGAACAUAAACUCAAUUUCUAGUAAUAACCCAUCUUUAAUCAGCAAUGAUGUUAAUAGGGACAAUAAUAUACUAAAAUGUACCGUGUGAGCACAUAUUAACCCAACCAAACAUGAGAAUUGAAUAGUGUUAGGUGAACCACCAGUUUUAUAGACUUCUUAAUGUUAUUUUCAUUUAGAACCUAUUUAGGAUAAUCAUUGCCUUGGCAGACAAUGCACGGUUCUUCAAAAUACUACCAAGGAAAAUUUUACAUUUGAGAGUAUAGAAUGCCUUGGCGUAUUGUCUGGUCUAAAUGGCAACUUCUCUGACAGCACAGUUAGAUCAUCUAUAAAGUAAAUACAGGUUGGAUGUUGUUAAUAUUUGAAGAAAUAAAAGUGGGCUGAUGAUAGAAUGUUGCUGGCACCAACAGGAUUAAACAUCUGAGAACAUAGAACUGUCUAUUUUACUUCGGAGUCACGUGAGUGACUACGUGAAGAAGAAGGCCGUCCAGGCGCACGCGCGUCAUCUCAUCAGACGCAUUGCGCUGCGUCCACCGUAAGACGGACCUCCAAGCGGUGAGUGAAAGAAAACCUGAACGUAAGUAUUUUUUCUUUCACUUUCAGGCUGCUUUUCUCCGGAGAGACUGCGUGCAGAGACAGGCGGCAUGUCUUAGUUUAUGGAGAAAGGUGGGAGGAAUAAGGGAAAGCGCACCGCAGUAAGCACUCAAGACGACAAAAUGUCUGAGAAUACGGGCGCCCGACUAAAAAGUCGGUAGAUAAACCGAGUACUUCUAAACCGGGAGAAAAAAGUCCCGUUGAAACUCCCGCAGGGAUCAAAGCUAAAAAGAAAACUAAUAGGCCGGUAGACUCGGACAAAUCUGAACCAGAGAUUGUAUCAGACAGACUUUCUCAGCUGGAAUUCCUCAUGGGUAAAAUGAUUUAUAAAGGCAAACUCCAGAAGGAGUAUAAAAAACGCGGGCUUAAAGAGCAAACGCAUGGAACACCCAGAAGAGCUUCUGGAAAACGUUGGCCCAGAUUUGAGCCAGUGACCGAAAUGCCUGAUGAUGAAGAUGAGUAUGUGGACUGGCCUGACACGGAGGCAGCACCAGAAAUGUCUGAAAGACAAUACAGGCGUUGGUCUACAGGAGACCCAGAAUAUCGAGCAGCACCCAAAAGUGGGCUGCCAAUAUAUACAGCUCAAUGGAAGAGCUUGAUGUACCCCAAAGAGGGACAAAAAAGCGUAGGCCUAUAAGAGAGCCAUCGCAUGAAAUGCCUGAUGAUGAAAAUCCAGGUGAAACCCAUUAUGAGGAGGAAUAUCCGGAAUACUCUGAUAACGAAUCAUUUGAGGGCCAGAGCCCAAUGCAAAAAAGAAAAGUGCCAGGGCUGGCCCAAAAGGUCUCUAGUCCCAGACACAAGGGACAACCUCUCCCAGAGGAGAUAGCAAAGAGUAUAAAUUACCUGCUUUCCUAUCAUUUGGAAGAACCAACGAUGGAUGCAAUUGUGAACAAAUAUGAAAUCCCGCAGAAUUGUGCUCUGUUUGGAGUUCCAUCUGUUAACAGUGAAGUGUGGAAUUCAGGGCUGGCCCAAACGUUCUCUAGUCCCAGACACAAGGGACAACCUCUACCAGAGGAGAUAGCAGAGAGUAUAAAUUACCUGCAUGCCCAUCAUUUGGAAGAACCAACGAUGGAUGAAAUUGUGAACAAAUAUGAAAUCCCGCAGAACUGUGCUCUGUUAGGAGUUCCAUCUGUUAACAAUGAAGUGUGGAAUUAUAUGGGCACUGCAGUAAGAGCUCAAGAAAUGAGAUUACAGCGGGUAUUAAGAUUAAUGGGGUCAAGCAUUAUGGCAUUUGCCAGAGAUCUGGAAGAAGGAAAUGUGACAACGUCACAACAGGAUGUGAUGGGAAUGAUGUGUAAUGCACAUUUUGAAAUAAACUGUAUUCGUAAAUCUGCGAUAAGACCUAACAUACAUCCUAAGUUUGCAGGGCUCUGUAAACCAUCUAAUAUACAAUUGCCAUACUUACUCUUUGGAGAAGAGCUUGUCAAAAAACUGAAGGUUCUCAAUGAAGAAUCAAAAACCAUCGAGAUGAUGAAGCCACCGAUGUUUGGAAGCACAGCUAGAAGGCAAUAUCCAUACCGAAGGGGAACUGGUGAAGGAACAAGUCGCUCGUACCCACAUACAAGAUAUUGGCGUACAACCUCAGGACGUGGAGGACAUGGUAUUCCCACAAGGGGCAAGGUACAAAAAGUGACACCAGUAAACCCUGAGCUACCAUUUUACAAACAGAUGCAAGUGCACUGGGAUGGGGAGCUGCUGAUGCCAUCUCAAGCUGUGGAGGUAGAUGGAAUGCAGAGGAAGAACCUUUGCUCGAGACACAUGGCAUUAAUUAUCUUGAAUUACUAAGUGUAUUGCAUGGGUUGAAAGCCCUCUGCCGAAAGGUACAACAUUUGCAUGUACAGGUUCAGAUUGACAACACUACAGCAGUGGCAUAUGUCAAUCACAUGGGUGGAAUCAAGUCAGAAGCAUGUGACAGAUUGGCAAACAUGAUUUGGCACUGGUGCCUUGAGAAAGGCAUUUGGCUUUCUGCAAUUUACCUACCAGGUAAAUUCAACAUAAUUGCAGACACUAGGUCAGCAAAUUUUAAUGACAAUACAGAAUGGAUGUUAAAUCGUGACACUUUCCACAAAAUUGUGAAAAAAUUUGGGAAACCAGAAAUUGACUUGUUUGCAUCCAUAUUGAACCACCAGUUACCUCAAUAUAUUUAGUGGGAACCAGAUCCAGGUGCAACAGGGGUAGACGCGUUUACGUUAAAUUGGGGUGGAAUGUUUUGUAUGCAUUUCCUCCUUUUUGUCUGAUCAGUAGGUGUCUACAGAAGAUCAAACAAGAUUAUGCUUCAGGAUUGUUGGUGGUUCCAGAUUGGCCCACACAAACAUGGUAUCCAUUAGUGUUAAGAAAUGGUGACAGAACCCAUAAUGCAUGUCUCAAGACAAGAAAACCUACUUGUGCACCCUGUAACUGGUGAAUUUCAUCCUUUACAUGAUCGUAUUGAUUUGCAGAUUCUAAAAAGACCAUAUGUUGGAAGAAGACUAUCAGAUCGCUCUAUGGAUGUAAUUACAGGAUCAUGGAGGGAUGGUAUCCAGAAGCAGUACAUUUCUUACAUUAAGAAAUGGGAGCAGUUUUGUUCAACACAAAAUAUUUCUUACCACACUGCAGACAGUUCAGAUGUUGUAGAAUUCUUGUCAAAAUUACAUUAAAAUAAAA